GCAUACGCCCCUUUAGUCGAAGGAAUCUGCUUGGGCAUCAGAGACCAGGCGGCAGCUGCCAGAGCAGCUGAAACACUUUGUCUUAUCCUGGAACGCCUGAGAGAGCUCUCUUUGCCGGCAACUUCCGGCUUUGGCUCUUUGGGCAGACAUCCACAUAACCUUAGCGAGGAUACUCCAGCUUUGUGGCAUCUGUCGGCCCAUCUGAUUGCAACAGGACUAGAGUGCCCCUUCGCGCGCUGUGCAGUAUCCUCCGUGCUGAACCUCCUGGACCUUGGAGGCGAUGUGCCAAAAGAUGGAAAGCCGGAUGAAUUGCUGACAAGCACAUUACGCGUCGCCCUCUCCACGCGGAGCUUCGCCGAGAAGGACGUAUUCGACCUUCUUUCUGACUGCGGCAUCGCAGACAGAUACCCCAAGGUGGGGCUUGCCUUGGAGGUCAUCGAGGACGCUCCGAGGUCAUACGAGCGUCACCGACAGACGCAGAGCGCGGUUUUCACACGAGUUGCGCGGGAUUUCGCUGCUGCACAGGGUCCAAGCGCUCUCCGCUGCGCAGUGGCGCCGCUGAUGGCCCCGCUGCCAAGCGACAGCAAAGGUCCCCUGGACCUGCCGGGCUAUGUGCCGCAACUGCUGGGAGCUCUGGCGCCUGCAAUUUGGAUGCCCAAAGAAGGCCCCGGGGAAGCGACGCGCGGGCCUGUGGUACGCUUUCCCGACAAGGAGCAGCUGCAGCUUCUUGAGCAUGUUCACGACUUGCUACGGCUGCUGCCGACUGCUGCAAGUUCACAUCCUUGUCUCCGUGAUCUUGCAGAGCUUUUCGGAAGGAG